AUGCUCAGAAUCGGACGCUUCACAAAGGAAGAGCAGUGGGCGGUGAAGAGAGCAUCGAAAGUCCUCGGACGCAGAGGGUUGAAGAAGAGUUGCCUCUUCUUCACUGGAGGAGAUGCUUUAAAGGGAAAUACUUUGCAUGAUUUCAUCUUUGCAGAUGGAGAUGACGCUAAGCUUCCAGAUGUUGUUAAAAUGUUCUCAGGGGCCUAUCACCUCUUCAACAAUGAGUCUGAUGAUGAGGAACAAGUCAGAAAUCUGCUGCUGAAGUCUGGCCACCUGAAAACUGAGAAACAACCGGAUUCACCAGCUGGUGUUCCCAAAGAGAAGAGGAUCGUGAUGCUCGGUCUUCCUGGAGCUGGGAAAACUUCCUCUGGAAACACCAUCCUGGGAUCUGAGAAGUUCCAAUCAGCUGCUGACUUUAAUUCAGUCAGUACAGAGACGACCUCUGCAUCCGCCACAGUGGAGGGCUGUAAGGUCACGGUGGUCGAUACUCCAGGGUUCACUGAUCAUCUGACUCCAGAGGAGUUGUACCUGCAGAUCAAGAGGUCUGUGGUAGAGGCGAGUCCAGGAGUACAUGCCUUCGUUAUCGUGGUCAGAGUAGGCCAGAUCACUGAAGCAGACAUCAAGCUGUUUAAGCUCCUUCCUAAACUCUUUGAAGGCGAUGCUCUGAAGUACUCCAUGGUGCUUUUCACUCAUGGAGACGCCCUCAAAGAAGGUCAGUCCAUUGAGAGUUUGAUGAAGAAGAACAGUCAUGUCUCUAAGCUGGUCUCCAUGUGUGGAGGUAGAUACUGUGUGUUUGACAACAAAACCAAGAGAAGCAGAGAGCAGGUCAGAACCUUCCUGUCUAAGAUAGAUGAGAUGGUCUCAGCUAACGGAGGACAGCACUACACAGACAAGAUGUUCAGGAUGGCGGAGACUUUCCUUAGAGAAGAAAGUAACCUGUCAGGUGCUGGUAGUGACCAAAACGCUGGUAGUGACCCAAAAGCUGGUAGUGACCCAAAAGCUGGUAGUGACCCAAAAGCUGGUAGUGACCCAAAAGCUGGUAGUGACCCAGACCCAAAAGCUGGUAGUGACCCAAAAGCUGAGACCUCCGGCCAGGCCUGGGUCUCCCACACCUUCAGGUGA